CAGAACGACCCCGUCCCCGACACAACAUACAAGCCAAGCGACCACAUUGCCUGCACAAACCACUGCCUGCUUCCCUGCCUGUGAGAGAGCGGCUCUGUCAAUCAGUGUGACUUCACUCUCAGCACGCCCUGUGUUUUCAGUAGUAGUAUUCUCCCAUCCUCUCCGCUGCUCGGAUUUGCUGUGUGAGUGAGUGUGCUGUCUGUGCUGUAACCGGAGGAAUAGAUUAGGGAGCAGCCCUCCCGGUGCGCUUAGUUGCAGCCUGCUUUGUCGGUGUGGCGGCUCGUUGAACGCGUUGGAACUUUAACACUGGAUCCCAAACUCCGUCUCACAUUGGUGUGCAGUGUGGCGCUGCAAUGGAUCUCGGACAUGGACUUGCUUUCUUAAUGCUUUUACCAUUCUUUCUGCACACGGACGGCCUUUAUAUUGCAAAUAAUAUAGAGUCACUGCAGGGCACACUUGGGGAAUAUGGACUGGUGACUCCAAUCAGCACUGACUCCAAGGGACGGUUCCUGUCGCACGCGGUGUCUGCAGCACACGGACGGAGACGCUCGCGCAGGGACACCGAGGGCUCCUCCCACGAGCCGCGCAGCGACAGGCUGUUUUUCAACGUCACCGUGUUUGGGAAGGAGUUUCACUUGAGACUGAGGCUGAACUCCAGGCUGGUGGCACCUGGAGCCAAGAUAGAAUGGCAGGAGGAUACGAACGUCACUCGCACGGAACCGUUACUUGGGGAUUGCUUCUAUGUUGGAGAUAUCACAGAUGUGCAAGGAGCUUCGGUUGCUAUUAGCAACUGCGAUGGCCUGGCUGGGAUGAUCCGCAUGGAGAAGGAGGAGUUCUUCAUCGAGCCUGUGGAGUCGGGUGGAGAGAUGGGAGAGGAGGAGCAGGGGGGUCGGCAACACAUCGUCUACCGCAAGUCCUCCAUCAAAACCAGUCCCAGCAACCAAACCAGCGACUUCCACGGCAAAGGAAAUGACCUGGGUGGUCUUCUUGAUCUGGAGACCAUGUACCGCGGAGUGGAGCAGCACCUGAACCAGACCCGGCGGUCCCGCCGUCACAUCGCUGACGACAAUUACAACAUCGAGGUGCUGCUGGGGGUCGACGACUCAGUCGUGCAGUUCCAUGGGAAGGAGGACGUGCAGAAUUACCUGCUGACACUGAUGAAUAUCGUCAAUGAGAUUUACCAUGAUGAAUCCUUGGGUGCCCAUGUGAAUGUGGUUCUGGUGCGCAUCAUCAUGCUGGGUUAUGGGAAGUCGAUGAGUUUGAUUGAAGUUGGAAACCCCUCCCAGAGCCUGGAGAAUGUGUGCCGCUGGGCCUACUUACAGCAGAAGCCGGAUGUCGGGCACGCAGAGUACCACGACCACGCCAUAUUCCUCACCAGGCAGGAGUUCGGGCCCUCUGGCAUGCAAGGCUACGCCCCCGUGACUGGCAUGUGCCACCCUGUCCGGAGCUGCACUCUGAACCACGAGGAUGGCUUCUCCUCUGCGUUCGUCGUGGCUCACGAAACAGGCCAUGUGCUGGGCAUGGAGCACGACGGGCAGGGGAACCGCUGCGGGGACGAGGUGCGCAUGGGCAGCAUAAUGGCUCCCCUGGUCCAGGCAGCUUUCCAUCGCUUCCACUGGUCUCGCUGCAGCCAGCAGGAGCUCAUCCGAUACCUGCAUGCCUAUGAUUGUCUCCGUGAUGACCCCUUUCACCACGACUGGCCAUCCCUCCCCCAGCUGCCGGGCAUUCAUUACUCCAUGAACGAGCAGUGCCGCUUCGACUUUGGCAUCGGAUACAUGAUGUGCACUGCAUUCCGCACAUUUGAUCCGUGUAAGCAGCUCUGGUGUAGUCAUCCAGACAAUCCGUACUUUUGUAAAACCAAGAAGGGCCCCCCUCUAGACGGGACAGUGUGUGCCUCUGGGAAGCACUGUUUUAAAGGGCACUGUAUCUGGCUGACCCCCGACAUCCUGAAGCAGGAUGGGAACUGGGGACCCUGGAGCAAGUUUGGCUCCUGUUCCAGAACAUGUGGGAGCGGGGUGCGCUUCAGAACUCGCCAGUGUGAUAACCCUCUCCCUGCCAAUGGUGGCCGCACCUGCUAUGGCCCAAGUUACGAGUUCCAGCUGUGUAACACGCAGGAAUGCCUCAAACUGUUUGAAGACUUCAGAGAGGAUCAGUGCAAGCAAUGGGAUCCUUUCUUUGAGUACCAGAACUCCAAGCACCACUGGCUGCCUUAUGAGCACUCUGACCCAAAAGAGAGAUGCCAGCUGUACUGCCAGUCGAAGGAGACGCGCGACAUUGUGUACAUGAAGAGGAUGGCACACGACGGGACACGCUGCUCCUAUAAAGACCCCUACAGCAUCUGUGUUCGAGGUGAAUGUGUGAAAGUGGGCUGUGACAAGGUGAUCGGCUCCCCGAAGCAGGAGGAUAAGUGUGGCGUCUGUGGAGGAGACAACUCCCACUGCAAAGUCGUGAAGGGAACCUUCUCCAGAGUGCCCAAGAAACACGGCUUCCUUAAGAUGUUUGAAGUUCCACCUGGAGCAAGACACCUGUUCAUUCAGGAAACAGACACCACUCAGCAUAUUCUAGCUGUUAAGAACCAGGCUACAGGGAAGUUUAUCCUGAACGGAGAGGGUGAAUUUCCUGAAUCCAGAUCGUUCAUUGAAUCCGGAGUGGAGUGGGAGUAUCACAAUGACGAUGACAAAGAGACCAUACAGACCACCGGCCCGCUGAACUACGGGAUUAUGGUUAUGAUUGUCCCAAAUGGAGACUCCAGAAUCUCUCUCUUGUACAAAUACAUGAUCCACGAAGACUCUCUGUCCACUCUUGACAAUAACAAUGUUCUAGAAGAUGUGGCUUCAUAUGAAUGGGCUUUGAAGAAAUGGUCCCACUGCUCCAAGCCCUGUGGAGGAGGUUAUCAGUUUACAAGGUAUGGGUGUCGCAGGAAGACCGAUGGCAAAAUGGUUCAUCGCAGCUACUGUGAAACGAUCAAAAAGCCCAAGGCUAUUCGCAGGAUGUGCAACUUACAGGAGUGCUCCCAACCUAUCUGGGUCACUGGCGAGUGGGAGUCUUGCAGCAAGACUUGCGGGAAGACGGGACAGCAGGUGCGAUCUGUGCGCUGCAUCCAGCCCCUCCACGACGGCACCAACCGAUCCAUCCACAGCAAAUACUGCAACGAUGACCGUCCCGAAUCCAGACAGCCCUGCAACCGAGAGCUGUGCCCGGCGCAGUGGAGAACAGGACCAUGGUCACAGUGUUCUGUGACCUGUGGCAAUGGUACUCAGGAGAGACAGGCGCUGUGUCGUACCAGGGACAACAUCAUCGGACUGUGUGUGGAAGCCAAGCCAGAGAGCAGCAGAGUCUGCAGGCUGCCUCCCUGCCCCAAAAACACUUCAGACCAAAGCAAAAAAGGAAACUUCCUGAUCCAGUGGCUCUCCAGACCAGAUUCUGAAUUCCCCAUCCAGAAGAUUUCUUCAAGGCACCAUUGCCAAGGUGACAAGUCUGUGUUCUGCCGCAUGGAAGCCCUGGCGCGGUACUGCUCAAUUCCAGGCUACCAGCAGCUGUGUUGCAAGUCCUGCAAUGAGAUCAACAACAGCUCACAUUCCUUCUCAAACAAAAGCAACAACAUAGAGGAGCACCAACCCCCUACUGUUACCUCCCCAGACCCGAUCACAAUGUCGCCUACCACAAUGUGGCCUACCACUGAGCCAGCCAGUGCCAUGCAUACAACCACUACACCUAGCAGCCAAAAUGGAACUGAGGACAGUAGAGAAACCAACGCCAUCGAUGUGCCCAAUAAAAUUCACAGGGUGGACAACGAAGUCCCACAGCACAAUGUUAUACCCAGAAAAAGGCUGUUUGUGGAAAAAACUAAGAACCAAAGAAUCCAGCAGCUUAUAGCUGAGAAACAAAAGGAAGGCACUUUAAAGAUUGAAAUCUAAAGACAAACCAGGCGUUGAAGGACAGUGUGCAUUUCUCUUAUAGAGAUAUAACCAUUUUAUCAUACAUUGUAAUUAAUACCUAAGAAAUCUCUAUUGGUGCUAUGUCAGAUACUGGAACAAAAGAAUCAUACAGAUGUUUCUAUCACUUCAAUUUGAAGAAAUGCUAAAAAAAAAAAAAAAAAAAAAAAAACUAAACUGACAAUUUAUUUGCACAAUUUGUUUAAAUGACUAAGUCACUUUAAAUGAUACCUAUUGGCCAAGAUUUUAUAAAAAGUUAUUUUGCAUUUUAAUAUGCAAUUUAUUGUUUUAUUUCAUAUUUGCGGUACACUACAUGUGGAAUCUUCUUCAUCCAAACUGCAUCUUAUUGAGCCAAACCAACAAACUGAGAUUCUUGCAAUGGAAUGCAAACGUUUAGUUUUAGUCCCGGGAAUUUGUUAUGCUUGGAUUUUUUUUAAUAUUCUUAAACAAUUCAAAUGAAUAUUAGAAUAUGUUUUGAACUUUAAUGAACAGAACUCCAUAAUGUACAGUGCAACACUGUGUUAUAAUAGUGAAACACCUCCAGACUCCACUCAAGCUGGGUAAGCCACUAAAUUACCAAAGAAAACAGAAACUUAUUGGGCACAUGAAUGUGGUUGUUUUUUGCAAUAAUAUUCAAAUACAGUAUUUGCUUCAGCAGCAUUCCUGAUUUACAGGACAAAUUAAAUUAUCCAAGUGCCUGUUUGACAUUUCUAGUGUGUAAAAUGUGUUGUGCAUAACCCACCAACAGCUGAAAAGUUAGAGCUUAUAGAUUCAGGAUAGGUCUUCAAAUCAGGUUCAUAUAAAAGAAUAAAAAAUCAUUAGUCAGAUUGCCACAAAACAGAAAGCCAUUCAGCCCAAUGUCCUCUGCAAUGUAGAUAUAUGUUUAUUUUAAUCUGGAACUACACUUGGUUAAAGAAAUCAGUUUGCAAGUCAAGCAUUCAUUUAGUGUUGCACUUGCUUGUCCAUUUCACCUGGAGGGAUAUCCUGUUUUAAAAUGAAAAAAAAAAACAUGUGUGCUAUAACAUGUGUUUCUUUCAAAACUGCACAUUUCAGACCUAUUUAGCUAAUGGAAGUACAAAACAGGUAAGAUUUAUGAAAUUAUUUUGCUAUCUAGAAUUACUUUACAAUCCACCUAAGCAUUCUCUGUUAUGCCGUCUAUCUGAUCUGCUGUCCUGUAGGGCAGAGCUGGUGUCAGAUCACUAAAGACAGGGUAGCUUGAAGUUUCCUCUGGGCUUUUCAUACACUGUAACAAGUGGCCUGCAGACUGGACUAUAUGAAGCAGCGGGUGGCUAGAUGGAACAUGACUUUACCAGUCUCUUGAUGGAGGCCCAGGGCUGAAUGACAGGCUGGGUGCUUAGGCUAGGACUGUGCUAUCUUGCAUUAGAGUGAGUGGGUAAAAGCUCAUGGAGCCAUUGACACUGGAAAUGCUCCCAAAUUAGUUGAGGUUUGGAUGAGUGACGUUCCACUGUGAUAAAAACAAAAAACAUUUCAACCAGCUCUCCCCUUACGUGAAAGAGAAUCUUGACCUUAGCACACAAUAAAUUCCAACAAGGAGACCAGGAGAUGUGUGUUCAUUGCACGUGUAUAUUAGAAUGGCUUUGAAUUGUAGAAAUGAACUGGUCACCGUGAAUCUUUGGAGUGCCGCACUACACAAACGAUGUGUACCAUCACAUUGUUGUCAAUGCCAUCUUUAGAUAGACCUUUUAUUUGAUAUUCUCGAUUUUGAAAUGCUCACAGUUUGCUAAGUAUCGCUAUUCAGGGAUUCCUGGUAAACUGCAAGCUUCAUGCUUUCAUAGUUUACCCUUCUGUGCACUCAAGGGCAGUGUCAGCAGCAGGUUUCUGAAGCGGGAGGAAUGCUCCUUCAGUUAUGCCGCUGUGAAUGUCAUCUUCAAGCUCUGCUGCAGCUCAGAGAGGCAAGCCAAAAGGAACCGCAGAAGGUGUCUUGUUAUACUGUAAGAUUUUACAGGAAUUUCCAGCAAAACAUGUAAAAACUCUUUUCAAAGUAAUUAGGGACCACUUUCCACACCUGAAACUCCAAAUGGGCGCCAUGACCUUUUCAUGCACUUCUAUGUACUGGCUUAUCUUUAAUCAACUACAACACUAGCUUAGCUGGCUUAAUUAAGGACACUGCCUUAAACACUUUAACAAGCGUCUUAGUGUAGCGGCAAUGAAUAGGAUGUAUCUGUACAUUACCUGUACAUAUGAAUUAGAACUUUAUUUUUAAUAUUUAUUAAAGUUCAAGUGUCUGUGGUAUUUUGCAAAACAGGUGUCUGUGUUUUUCUUUAUAUCAUAUUCUGUGAUAAAAUAAACAAAUACAUUUUAGGUACAAAGAAGUGUGAAACCCUAAAGCCACGCAGUUAAGAUUGAAACCAUGAAAGGUAGAAUAGAAAGGGUUAAUAGAAUGUGCUCUUCCCCGCCCAUGGUGCUUGUUUUCCAGCCCUUGUUUCUGCUGUUCAUCACAUCAUUGGAGCUUGCUUUCGUCAUCAGUCUCAUGCUCAACACUUGUUUGCGCUGUCCUGCUGCCCAUUGUGUUGUUCACCUGAGUUAAGUCUGGUGCUUUUGUUUGAAAUAUUUUACAGCAUUAAUACAAACCAGCCGAGCAUUCUUGAGAUGCAACACUGCAUAAAUAUAAUACAAUUACAAAUCUUUUCCCUAAAAACAAAACCAAAAUAAAACACCAAACUCUGUGUUCUCAUUAACAAGUGUUCUCAUUAAGCAGGGACACUCACACAGGUGUCAAAAGUGCAAUGAAUUGGCCUCUUGAAUUGAAUUUAAUUGAAUUUAAUGGCAAGGCAAGGGCUGAAAGACUUGCAGUAGGACCAGGAGAAUACCUGUAGCAUCAGGCUGGAUUGAGCUGAAAUGAAAGGCAUCAAUAACAUCCAUUCAUCAAAUGAUAGCUCUCAAGCACAGCCAGGGUCCACAGGGCUAUAUUUAGCAACAGCAAUAAUUUCAGCAGGAGCGGACUGCGAGCUGUUCCAGUGGAUGCACAAGCAGACUUGAGACGCAUAUUGAAUUAGACUGGAAUUCAGGAGCUCUUGUACAGCAGCCUGCAGCACAGCGAGGAGACCAGCACUACAGACAUUAGAGGAAUACAUUGCUCAGACAUGCGUCCCCGAUCUCGACUGCUCGCUAAGAAGCAGCUCCCCACAAUUUGUGAAGCCUAUGAGGAGAUCCUGCAGGACAUGAAUGACAGUAACAAGUUCUCCAGUGGGUUCUACAUCCACUCUGAUUCCCUGUCCUCAGAAGACUACCUGCAAUCCAUCUGCCAGCUGGCCCGGCCCACCUUCCCUGUGUUGGAGGACUGUGAAGUCCAGAGCUCCAACCGACUCAACUCCCAGAAGCAAGCUCCUCACCUGCUGAGACUGCCCCCCCUGGCUCCACCCCCGACUCCCGUGAUUCCUUAUUUGAGCAGCUGCCUUCAGAGGACCCUGCUCUCUGACAUCAUCUCCCUACAGGGGGUCAGCCUCACUCUCAAUAAGAACGUCUCCCCUCUUUUUAGAGCUGACCCGCUGGAACAGCUGUAUGGACACAGAGACACGUUUCAUCUCAAAGACUCAAAGGGACCAUCCAGAUUCAGCAAAACACAAAGGGAACCUGUCCGAACCAUGCCCCGGAAAAACAGCUGUCCUGAACUUAACCUGGAAGCACAAACCAAACUGGAUUCCCAGUGUGCUCCUGGAACUCCAAGCAAUAAAGAAACCAGCUCUGCAAAUCUUCCAGCUCAAGUCUGGCCUUGUCCUCCUAAAGAAAACAAUCUCAAAGAAAGACACCCUAAAACCAACGCCAGGAGACACCACAGCCUUGUCAAGAUCCCAGAAGAGCUCAAAAGCAAAGGCAGCAGUGCUGCAGUGAGUGAGGAAAACCUGUGCAACUUGAAAUCGGAGUUUCCAGAGAAGCACGGCAUGAUUUAUAACUGGAUAACGGACUGCAGAAGUGCCUGGAAAGAGGCCCGGGUCACAGCUUGUAUGCUCCCCGCCAUCGCGGAAAUGUAAAUCUAGCUGAGCUAAAAUAAAUCUGCAUGCCACUACUUAGAAACUACCGUAGCUUGUGCUUGCUCACAGAGCAUAUUGUGCCCAGUGUCACCUCUCACUUCUCGCCCCGCCCUCAUCCCAACUCUAUUGGUACCAGAGCUCGUAUGGUCUUGCUAGUAGGGGAGGCCAUAGUAACUGCUGAGUUCCCUGCCUUGAUGAGGAGUUCACCCGCCAUCUUCGCAUGUUUGUAUCAGCUUGAAAUUAAGUCACAUGCAAUUUAGCUAUACUGUUUAAGUGCAUAUAUUAAAAAUAUAUAGUAUAGGGUGCUGCAUAAGAUACAAGCUGAUUCUUCACCCACUCAAGUCCACUAGUAGGUAGUGACUCUUGUUGAGAGUAUAGUACAGCAACCUAUUCCAUAUACUGUAUAUUACUCACUGUGCUCCCCCUGGUGGGAGGGAAGGGAGUCCUGUGUUGAAGCUAGCUCUUACCACUGUUUUUAAGUCAUUCAAACAAACUGCGUGAAGCAGUGCUCUUUGACAUUUUAUACAGACUGCGUUUUAAUUUUUACAUACAAAUAUUGUUAUACAAAUUAAUAUAGCAUUUGUUACUUAACAAAAUCUAUAACAAUGAGCUACUAAUUUCACAGUGCUGUGAUUUGUACUGAUUUCAUUUUGUUUCUAAGAACAUCUAAAUGUAUGGCAGCUUUUAAAGAUGAAGGGAAACCCCUGUAAAUCCUUAUUUAAAUCUUGACACAAAAGGUGCUCGAUAACUAGUGUGCUAACAAGCCCGCAGUGGAGUGGUUGUGGUGGGAAGUGAUGCUGUAUCUAUACCAUUAAGAGCUACGUUGUCAUGGUAAGAUAUGGAAUUGCAAGGCAAUGCACAUACUAUAAAAAACAAGCAAUCGACUAGCGCUAUGAAUGCUGAUUCAAUGAAUAUUGAUUCCAAUAUCUUAUCUUGAAGUAGAAAAAAAUGGUUACAAAAAUCUGGUUUUAAAGUAUACAUAUCAGUAACCAUGGAAAUAAUAAUAAUAAUAAUAAUAAUAAUAAUAAUAAUAAUAAUAAUAAUAAUAAUAAUAAUAAUAAUAAUCUAUUUUUAAUACAGCGCCUUUCACAAUACAAAUUGCCUCAAAGCACUUCACAUGAAUAAAAAUCAUUGACAAAUAUUAAUGAGAAAGCAAGAAAAACAAAAGAAAAAACACACAGAACAGUAAAACAAUGCAGAGAAUAAAAGGAAAACCAUUUUAGCAUAGAAACGCUCCAUUAAUCUUGUUUUAAAAGGAGUGACACUUGAUGCUUCUCUUACAGAGCUAGGCAGAUCAUUCCAGAGUUUUGGGGCCCUAUAACUGAAUGCUCUACAACCUGUUUUUUUUUUUUUAAUUUGUGGGACAGUAAGCAACCUGUGAGUGGGGAUCUAGGAAUAUAUGGUAUUAAAAGAUCAUUUAAAUAUGAUGGUGCAAGACCAUUUAAUGCCUUAUAAAUUAAAAGCAACACCUUAAAAUCUAUCCUGAAUCGGACUGGAAGCCAGUGCAGAGAUCCUAGCACAGGAGUAAUGUGACCUUGUCUCUUAGUCCCGGUUAAAAAUCUAGCUGCAGCAUAAGUUGCAGUUGAGAUAUAACAUGGCUAUGAAUACCAAAGAAUAGGGCAUUACAAUAAUCAAUUCUAGAAGAUACAAAAGCAUGCAUCAAUCUCUCAGUAUCUGAGUGGGAAAGAUUACUUCUUAAUUUGGCAAUAUUUCUUAGAUGAUAAAAAAUAAAUGUUAGUAAUAUUCCUGAUGUGUGUCUCAAUAGAAAGAUUUGGGUCGAAGAUCACACCUACAUUUCUCAUUUUGUCUGUGAGUUCAUAAGAGAAGCCACCGAGGAGUACAUCAAACAUAUUACUUUGUUGCUUCCGAGAUCCCAGAAUCAUCACUUCUGUAAUCUGAGUUCAGCAUUAAAAAGUUUUCAAACAUCCAUUUCUUUUAUGUUAGCAAGACAGGUACUCAAAUAUUUACAGCUGAGGUGUCACCCUGUUUUCGGGAUAAAUAUAGCUGCGUAUCAUCUGCGUAACAAUGGAAAUUAACCCCAUAGCAACAAAAUAAUAUUGCCCAGAGGCAGCAUAUACAAAGAAAACAGAACUGGACCAAGAACUGAGCCCUGUGGGAGCCUGCGUGUAACCUUUGACAAAAAAGAGGUCUCCUCCUCUAUUUUAAUAAAUUGUGACCUGUUCUCGAGAGAGGAUUGAAACCAAGACAGAACACAACCUGACAAUCCUACCAGAUUUUCAAGGUGAUCAAUUAAAACAAUGUCAAACAAAGCACUUAAAUCUAAUAGUAUAAGAAGGUGUGCCCGUGUCCGAGGAUAACAACACAUCAUUAACCACUCUAAUUAGUGCUGUCUCGGUGCUAUGAUAAGGCCGAAACCCAGACUGAAGUUUCUCACAUAUGCAACUUUAAGCCUGGAGGAAUUUCUGUCCCGCCCAGAAUUCCAUCAUUUACAGGUUAGUGUAAUGAAUUGGCAUCUCUGACAAUUGAAGUGAAUGCACGGAAAGGCAAGGCUUGGAUGUGAACUGCAAACCAUACUGUUCAAAGCUCUGUAGUUGAGAGGGAAGUACAUGUUACCGGCUUAUGGGAGUAUUAUUUACUCACUAGCCGCGAGGCGGAGCUCCGUUAUAGUAGACCUGUCUCUUACUUUGUUGUGCAGAACCUGAAUUCCAAUAUUGUUUCAUUUUCUGAACUUCUUUUGGAUCAGAAUGUCACCCUACAAACAUUCUGAACUUUUGUCAGAAGACAAUGCAAGUUAGAAAAACUGCAAAUUGAGAUAAUGUAUAUAUUUUAAACUUUGUACUUCUGUCCAUUAUUGGUCAGUAAACAAUAAAGCUUUAUAUAACAAAA